GUUGUUCAACAUGGUAUGCUGUUUCGGGAAAAAAGAUGAAAGGACCAAAACGAUUGAAAAAGAAUUACACAAAGAGAGAAAAAUUAUGCGGCGACAAAUUAAUUUAUUGCUUCUCGGAUCCGGUGAAUCUGGAAAGUCCACGUUUGUAAAACAGAUGCACAUAAUUCACGGGGCCGGAGAAUUUACAGCAGACGAAGUUCGAGCUUACAGACAGCAGAUAUAUCAGAACGCGAUAAGUGCAAUGCGGGUGUUGUUAGAUGCUAGGAACAAAUUAGGAAUUGCAUGGGAAGAUCCAAAAAGACAAGUGGAAGUUGAAAAAGUUAUGAGAUUUUCUGUCGGCGAUUUAUUAAAAGGAAUUGAUUUCACCACGUUUGUUGAAGUAGCCCCAAUCAUCAGUGAUUUCUGGAACGACGCUGCGAUUAGAAAAACAUAUGAGCAAAGAAACUUAUUCCAAAUUAGUGACUCCUGUCAGUACUUCUUUGAGCAUAUUCCACGAAUCGCAAUGCCUGAUUUUUACCCAACAAACCGUGAUAUCCUUUUCUGCCGAAAAGCGACACGUGGCAUUUCUGAACACAUUUUCGAGAUCAACAAGAUUCCAUUUAGGUUCAUUGAUGUUGGCGGACAAAGAUCGCAACGUCAAAAAUGGUUUCAAUGUUUUACAGACAUCACAAGUAUUUUGUUCAUGGUCGCCAGUAACGAAUACGAUCAGGUGAUUCUCGAAGACAGACGGACGAAUCGAGUUGUCGAAUCACGGUCUGUUUUUGAGACGAUUGUCAACAACAGAGCGUUCUCUAAUGUCUCCAUCAUCUUGUUCAUGAACAAAAAUGAUUUAUUGCAAGAGAAAGUUCCCAAAUCCGAUAUCAGACAGUAUUUCACGGAUUUCACAGGGGAUCACACUUUAGUCCGAGAUGUUCAAUUUUUCCUUGUCGACAAAUUCGAAGCAUCUCGCCGCGAUCGUGCACGACCCUUCUUUUAUCACUUCACCACUGCCGUCGACACUGAAAACAUUAGAAGAGUGUUCCGAGAUGUACGUGAAAGUAUUUUAGAGCAAAACUUGAAGACUCUCAUGAUGCAGUAAUAUAUUUUCUUGUUGUUGCUCAAAUGUUUCCUUCAACAAAAUGGUGAUUUAAAUCAGUUUAAUGAUACAAACCUUAUUUGUCCAUUUAAUUCAGUUCAAUGCGAUUCUACCAAUGUCCCACUUUAUUUUUUAUACAAUAUCAUUUUUGUGCAUAUUUAUAGUCAUGAUAAAAAUUUACACACUUUG